UUUCUCCGUUCGUCAUGAUACACAUCGACAUCGUCAUAAAUGUUUGGAAGAUAGUUUGGUGAUAACAUAUAUAUUUGAAAUGGCAAAUGCAUUACAUCUUAUGGGGAAUGCUUCAGAAUUGGAUAAAUUGAUUCAAAGUUUUGAAUUUGAAAACCAGCAGUAUGUGAAACUCAUUGAAGCAGAGAAUCAGCAAAUUGCUGCCUUUGAAAAAGAGUUAGUCAAUAAAAAGGACACUAUUGCCAGAUUGCAGGAACAAAUUUCAAAUUUUGAUGAAGAAACAAAGCGAGCUCACAAACAAUUCACCAUCAACAGAGAGAAUGUUGAAAACUUAAAGAAGACAGCAGUAGUUCUGCAGGAGCAUGAGGAGGCACUACAAAACAAGAAUGAUGCACAGAUUGAAUUGGGGGAGAUGGAAAAUAAAGAGAGAUCACAAAUACUAGAGCAUUACAAGAGCAUCUGGAGAGAUUAUGAAACAAAGUACAAGUCCUUUCCACUGGCUCAGACUCUACUAUCCCUGCAAGCAGAGAACAAACAGUUGGAGGAGAAAUUGAAAGAAGAGGAAGAAGAGUGUGGGGAACUUAAAGAAAAACUAGCCAAUUUUAGUGAGUCAAGUUGUAAUGAAUUGAGAAACUUCAACACAUUUGCAGUUAUGAUAGCUGGUAAGAAACUUGAGACUUGCAGUGUACGAAAAGAGUGUUGGGAAAUCACCUUUGACAUAUCCAAAAAAGAAGAGGAACUGCAGAAGAUGCAAAUGACUUCAAAGAAAUCUGACCCAAAGACUGUCUCUGAAGUCACAACAAAGAGUACCCAACAGCAAGAUGUUUUUAACAGUAAUCAGCAAGACAAAUCAGAAUCAAGUGAAGACUCCAUGCUCAUAAGUGUUAUUAGGCAGAGAGAAGAUACUGAGCCAGAUGUCCAAAUGCAAGAGACAGACAGUUCCAAGUCUGUUCAAGGCACUUCAUCUCAUCAUUCUAGAGCUCCUCCAUUCUCCAUUGUACCCACUAUCACUCGGGGCCAAUCAAGCCAGGGGGAGUCCAUGAUUUGCAGCAGUGCUGGAGAACAGCAUGGCAGAAUUCAGAAGGGUGUGAUUAAGAAAGAUCAAAGCAAAGCCCAGCUCAAGCAGGUACCAAAAGUCAAUGAACAAGGUGACCAUGAAAAGGCAGUCUCCAGUGGUUCAUUACAACGGCAAAUGUUGAUAAAUACUGUCCAGGCAGUGUCAAACCUAAACAGAAGACCCUCACAAAUGAUGCCUAAAUCAUAUACAAGUAUACCUUCCAUAGAAGAGAUGAGAGCUAAAGUGGCAUCUCCAGUUCAGAAACCACCUCCAAAACUUCCUACAGAGAGCAGUUUGAAGACACACCAGAUUCAGAUUCCAUCCAUUUCAAAGUUAUCAAUCAAUCCAACAACUAAGAUAUCACAAAAUAGUGUGAGUUCAGUCACCAACCAGACCUCUGAUCACCCCAGAAGAGUGUUUGGAAGAACUUCUACAGCUGAACUAUUACAAGCUUCUGUUGGUAAUCAGUUAAGGAAGGGUACAACAGCUGCUGGAUCAAACAACCACCAAGGCCCAGUCACUCAUAUGACUCAAGAGACAACACAAGAGGGUACUGGCACUGACAGGCAGCAAGGUCUUGGGUCAGACAAAGAGCUAAGAAAUCCAUUCCCCCAAACAACUCAGAACUCCAAAUCCAGGAUGAUGACUGAAGGCAGUCAGAGUCAGGAAAUAGAAAUGCAGGAUAUUGAACCACCCCAUCCACUGAACACACCCAAGACACCAAAAGCUGCAACAAUUACAAUGGAAGUUAGCAGUGACAGUUCAACACCAGACUCUUUGCAAGGAUCUGUAGCAAGCAGUGGUGGGUUGAGUCCAUUUGAUCUGGCCAAGCACUCGGAAAGAAUCCAGUUGUUUCACAAGUCACCAGGCCUUCCACCUGGUCUCUAUACUUCAAAGCCAAACUUUACAUCACAAUCAGUGACAACUACAACAUCCCCCAAUCCAACAAUAACCAGUUUAGGAACCCAGUCAUUCAUGAACAUGCAGGAAGCAGAUGCAAGUUCAUUCAGGAUGAAUGAUUUUAACAUGUAUGGUGGAGAGACAAAUCAGUCAACUGGUUCAGAGGGAUUUGGGGAGUUUAAUCUAAAUGAGACAGGAUUUGGUUUUAACACAAAUACUAAGGAUUCAGGUGGACCAGGUAUUUUCAACUUUGAAGAGCCCUUAGGAAAAUCUGCAGCUUUGAGUGGGUUCAACUUUGGAAAUUCUUUCCAAUUUGGAAGCAAUUCUACCUCAGACAAUAAAUGUGAAAAUUUCUUGUCAGUGUUUGAAAAUGAUAAAGGUGCAACUCAAAUGGAGUCCCAAGAAAGCAGUUUUACAUUUUCUUUUGGUGGGUUCCAGUAGCAUUCUAUUCUUGUUGUCAACUUAACAUUUAAAUAUCUGUUUUUUGUUGUUUAAAAAAUUGUUCUGUUGUCUGUUUAAUAAAUGUUAACAAAU